CAUGACGGGGCUAUAGUCGACGGAAACGACCUAGGUUUGCAAUGAGCAGUGGAUGGGGGACUUGGGUGGAUGAGUUGGCAUGUCGGGGUGUGUUGUUGCCUAAUGUAGAGUAAUCCCGAAUCACGCUCAUCUUGAGAAAGUGUUGUUAAACUGUAUCGAACAUGCAAGUGUAGGUCUGGUUGCUGUAUGGCCAGCUUUUGAAGAGGCAGGGACCUAAUUGCAAAGAGGAGUGAGUGGAUGAGAGAUGCAUGGAGCGAGUAGAGUUGUUGGCAUCGUCAAUUAAUCUAAGUGGGGGAAGUUCCCGUUAUUGAGAUGGGGCAAGCUCUGCAGAAAUUGCGAGGAGGUUCGGGAGGAGGAGCAGCAGCAGCGUUGCGAAGAGCGCCUCCUCCCCAGCAUCAUGCCAACAACACCAACAUCGACACCGCUGUUCGCCCGCCGCCAUCGCAACCUCCACAGCCUGUGCCCCGCCAGUCCGUCGAAGUGCGACCACAGGCUCCAGAGCCGCAGCCCAUUAUUGAACCAGGAAUGCCAAUUCCGGGGGAGUGGAAUCGCGGAGAUCCCAGGUACUCAGCGAUGGUGCAGCAGGUGGUGGGAAAAAUUAGCACACGGCCUGGUGGAACUCAAGAGAUGGGCAAUGCUCAGGUGACCGCAGAAUUUCGCCGACCAAGGCCUUCCAAUCGGCGCACUUCAGCUGCCACCGGUCCAGACGAGGAGAAAGUGGUAGCUGCGGGCACUCUCAACAUUGCAGGAAUUCAGGAAGCUCUAAGGCUUUUCCAGGGUAUUCGUGCCGAAGGUGAAAAGGUGCAAGAGAAGCCGAUGGACGUGAAAUCACUUGCAGAGAAAUUUAAUGUGAAUGUGGUGUUGCUGGAAAGGGUGUUGAAGUAUACCUCUUUGCCAGAACCCUCUCGAAAGCAGAAAUUUCGUAAUUAAUAGGUUGUCUUCCCUACACAUUCAAAAGCGCUGACUUUCUGUAUUGAAAGUGCCUAUUCAUUGUAGUUGUAUGAUGUUUUGUCCUCAGACACUUUUUCUGACAGUGAGUGAAUAUCAUCCUAUCAGAGUGCAAUUUCUUAAGCCAAGUUUGGAGACUGGAAGCAACAGAAAA